CCCGAUCACAUGUGCCGGGGUCUUCGGUCUUUGUUCCACAAAAAGACGAGUGUUUGAGCUGAGUGUGUGAGCGGUUCGCGGCGUGAAGUGUGCGCGUUCCAAUACGUUUUAUAGGUUAGUUUUCUGGGAAAAGCAUGACUGAUCGACAGUAGCAGUGUCUGUGACUAGAGAUGGCUGCUGGACGCCUGGUGCUGCUGGGGUGUCUAGCCCUGGCGCUGCUGCAAACACCGUCACACGCUGAGUUCCUCGAUGAAGAUCUAGUCUUUGAAGAACCGUCGGGUGGUCCCAGAUGGAAGGUAGUGAACCACCGAAGGACGGCUAGUGGUAGUGUUAGUGAUAGUGGAAGUGACGGUGUAGUGAGUGAUAGUGUGUGGGGAAGUGCAGCAAGGAUGCUGGACAGGGUGAAGAGGCAGUUUGAUGGUUGGGGGUUCUGGCCAGAUUCUUCGGAAGAGACGACGCCGGAGACGUCGACGACGGAGAAGGAAAUAACUUCGCAACCUUUGUAUUCCAACACGUUAUCGAGAGAUACGCGGAGUACAGACAGAGACGACGUUGAUGUUUUCAACUCCACCCACCAUAACAACUACCUAUCGUCACUGACGACGGACGAUGACGACUUUAACAACGGAGGCACGUCAGGCUACCAUUCCUCUGGAGAACCGACGGAAGAUCGAUUCCCAGAACCUGAUGAUGACGAUCUGAUCCCAGUGAGCUCGGAACCACCAGAAUUUGGCAGUAACAACUUGUCUCCCCAUCAGAGAGCUUUCUUCCGAGUAACGAUGACUGUUCACGAGCCGUACGCACCAGAUUUUGCCGACAGAAACAGUGAAAAAUUCAAGGAAUUCUCUGAGAAGUUCUCUCGAGCCAUAGAUGAACUCCUAGUCAACAUCGAAGGAACACAGAAGUCUGGUGUGAUCGAUAUGGACAAGAGCGAAUUUGACGUUUUUAAUUCCUUUGUAACGUUUGACAUAUCAUCGGAAGGAGCCACAAACAAGAAUGAAAUUGAAGACUUGUUUCGAAGACAUAUCGACCAGUUCCGCAAUAUUGGACCUUACCCAGUCAGCACGGAUGGGCUUAGCGUCCGCGAUUUCAGGGAUCCGCCCCGCUCACCCCCGCAGCUUCUUCCACCUGUCUGCAGACCGGGUGACAUCGAGUGUGACACCUACUCCGGUGAACGUUGCCUCUCCAACGCCGCUCGCUGCAACGGCUCCACAGAAUGUCUGGACGGAUCUGACGAGGCCGGAUGUCCUCCGGUCAACAUCCCGUACAUUCCUGAAUCAACCACCAGCACAACUACGACAAUAACUACCACAACGACAGAGGCGACGACACCGGUGACGGCAGCUGUUACCACACGUUCAUUCUCGCCUCAACCUGUCACCGGAAGCUCGGUGGACCGGUGUAGAGCCGAUGACAAGGUCAGGUGCGAAGAUGGCUCAGCUUUUAUCUGCGACGCCCAGGUGUGCGACGGGAAACCUGACUGUCCUGGGGGAGACGACGAACGAGACUGCCCCACCGAGGAUUGUGCCACUGGCGAGUUCAUGUGUGAUCUGACUCGGUGCAUCCCGCAAAGCCAGGUCUGUGAUGGUGAGGACCAAUGCAGCGACAAGACUGAUGAACAGGACUGUCCUAAAGCAUGCCGACAUGAUGAGUUUGAGUGUCGAGAUGGCAGUGGUUGUGUCGACCGUAGUCGCUACUGCAACGGACGCCCGGACUGUCGGGACUACAGUGAUGAGGAGUACUGUAACUACACCAGACCAGACAUCCAUCAAUGUCCUUUGGGCCAGUUUCUCUGCUCAGUCUCCAGGAUUUGUGUUCCCCUGUCGAAGAGGUGCGAUGGAGUCGUAGAUUGCUUGUAUGACAGCACUGACGAACUUGGAUGUUCUUGUGAUCCUUCCCGGGAGUUUGAGUGUGAAGACAAAAGCUGUAUAGACGCCCGACUACGUUGCGAUGGCGUGGUGCACUGUCCGAACGACGCAGCGGACGAGCGAGACUGUCCUGAGCGUAACUCGUGUAGGAGAGAUGAGUUCCGCUGCAGCAGUGGCCAUUGUCUAUCAAUGAGUGCUCUCUGCAACGGCCGACCCGACUGUCCCGGAGGAGAUGAUGAAAUACACUGUCCCAACGCCCAUACCUGUCAGCCGUAUGAGUUUCAAUGCCGUAGAGAUCGUAACUGUGUACCACAAUCACGGAAAUGUGACGGCUACCCAGACUGCUCUGACUCCAGUGAUGAAGAAGACUGUGAGGACGUGCUUGCUCCUUGUCAGUCGUCUGACUUCACCUGCAGAGACGGCUCUUGUAUUCCCAAGGACAAGCGAUGUGACGGAAAGAAGGAUUGCCCCGAAGGACUUGAUGAGGUGGAUUGUAGCGAUGGGAACCCUGUACAUUGCAUGGCUAACGAGUUCCGUUGUAACGAUGGAACGUGCAUACAAGCUGUCUACCGCUGUGACAACGUUACUGACUGCCCGGACCGCAGCGAUGAGCUUAAUUGUGGACCUGUUCCGUGCCGUCAAGAUGAGAUCACCUGCGGGGACGGAAGCUGCGUGAGACAGGAACUGAAAUGUGACGGAACACCAGACUGUAGAGAUGGAGCGGACGAGCGCAACUGUCCUGUCCGAUGCAGACCAGACGAGUUUGUUUGUGACGGAAGCCGCUGCGUUCACAACUCCAAGAAAUGUGACAGAAACCCAGAUUGUGCUGACUACACUGACGAACUCAGCUGUGGUGUGCCUGCAUCCCAGUCGCCGCCAGUGUCGGACAACCGAGUGAGCUGCGCGUACGGACAAUUCGCUUGUUCCUCGGGAGACCAGUGUGUGCCGAUGUCCACUCACUGCGACAACAACUACGACUGUAGAGACUACUCCGACGAGUCAAACUGCGCUGGAAAUCCAGAUGGUCUCAAUUUGAAAACUUACCCAACAGAUCAAAUCAUCAAAGAAAGCAGGGAGGUGGUGUUCCAGUGUCGAGACGAGGGGCCACUAAGGGCUUCUGUGAGGUGGAUCCGUAGUAACAACGAACCUCUACCUCCCGGCUCACGGGAUAUCAAGGGACGGCUCGAGAUGCCAAACAUUCAGCUGGAGCACACCGGAACUUACAUCUGUGAGGCUAUUGGUUUCUCUCCUACCACACCAGGCUCCAGGGCUUCUGUAUAUCUCAGAGUAGAACCAUCUGGGAAAUUUAAACCACUGGGAAAAAUGAAUGAAAACGUGGCUUUGUCAAAGUAUGGUGUCCGCACUGACACUGACUUGGAUACUUUCGGAUCAGCUUGUGGAUUCAACGAGGCUACAUGUUCAAACGGAGAUUGCAUCGCUAAGAACCGUGUUUGUGAUGGGAGAAACGACUGUACUGAUGGAUCAGAUGAGAUAAGAUGCAAUCCGCACGGGUGUGAGCCGAAUGAGUUCCGUUGUGACAACAAGAAGUGUGUCCAGAAGACUUGGAGGUGUGACUCAGACGACGACUGCGGUGACGGCUCAGAUGAGAGAAACUGUGAACCGAGCCCUCCAGGUUCUGCUUGUCAAUACAAUGAGUACCAGUGUGCCAGGAGAGACCAAUGCAUUCCAAAAGCAUUCCAUUGUGACAUGGAGGUAGACUGCCAAGACGGCAGCGAUGAGUUUGGUUGUUCAAAGGCGGAAAUUCAGAAGCCACCGCCUUCUAUGGUGGUGAAACAGCCUGGUGAGACGUUCAUCAUCACUUGUACGGCAGUGGGCGUUCCUACCCCGGAGGUGGUGUGGCGGCUCAACUGGGGACACAUUCCCUCCAAGUGUCAAACCACGAGUAGAGACGGCUACGGUGUCCUUACCUGCCCUAAUAUUCAGGAGUCGGACCAAGGCGCUUACAGUUGUGAAGCCCUCAACAACCGAGGGUCGACCUUCGCCAUUCCUGACACGAUACUCGUGGUUAAACCGUCUCACACGACCUGUCCCGAAGGUUCGUUCAAUGACUUGGCUACAAGACCUGACGAGUGCAUUCCUUGCUUCUGCUUUGGUGUCACCACUAAGUGUCGCAGUGCCGACCUGUAUAUUUACCAGUUGCCUCCGCCCCUGGAUGUCUAUAGGAUAGUGAAUGUCUACGUUCCUUCCUCAGGAGGCAUAGAGAUCCGGCGAGGUGAGACUUCCCAGUUCCAGGCUUCCAUCCAUCCUUCAGGAAGGAGUGGGUUCCAGAUUUCACUGACAGACAAUGAACUGAAAUCUUCAUACUACAAUCCCGUUUAUCCGUACUUUGCCUUGCCAGAGAACUACCAUGGCAACCAGCUCAAGUCUUACGGAGGAUUCAUCAAAUACACUGUCAAAACUGAUGGAACCGGCAGCUCACUUCCUAUACCUGAUAUCAUCCUCUCUGGUAACAACUACACCCUGGUGUUCAAAGGACCUCCCCUUGAUCCCCGAAAAGAGAACAACAUCGCUGUCCAGUUCUAUCCGGGUAACUGGUACAGAGUCAGUCAGGAUAACAGGGAGUAUCCGGCAUCUAGACAGGAUAUCAUGAUGACUCUGCAGAACAUCGAUCAGCUGCUUAUCAGGACGCAAUAUUUCAGUGAUGGUCUGGAGACGACCAUCACAGACAUCAACAUGGACUCUGCAGCCUACAGUAACAGUGGUCAAGGUCAGGCAGCUUACGUAGAGAACUGUGAGUGUCCCGUCGGCUACUCUGGGCUCUCUUGUGAUAGUUGUGACCGAGGUUUCAUGCACACCCAGAACGGACCAUGGCUUGGCAGAUGUGAACAACAGGUUGACUGUCCGCCCAAGUAUUACAAGGAUCACAGGGACAACCGUUGCCAGCCGUGUCCGUGUCCUCACACUGACUCACACCAGUUUGGCACGUCGUGCAUUUUGGCGUCAGACAACAACAUUACCUGUUCGUGUCCGCCGGGCUAUGAAGGACGGCGCUGUGAAAAGUGCUCAGAGCCGUACUAUGUUGGGAACCCACUGCAGGGACAGGCUUGCGUCCGCAGACCUCCUGAAUCUGAGUGUGAUGCAGCCGGAUCAAGAUCAUCCCAACCAGACCCCUACACCGGCCAGUGCUUGUGCAAGGAAUACGCUACUGGACGUACGUGUAACCAAUGUAAGCCGAACACAUUCAACUUGGCAUCCGGCAACCAGUUUGGCUGCAUCAGCUGUUUCUGUAUGGGCAUCAACACUACGUGCGGCAGUUCUGACCUCUACAGAACACAGAUUGUUGCUGCUUUUACAAGGGACAAUCAGGGAUUCAAGCUUGCUGAAGCCAACCAUCUCAACGAACCGAUUACAGACAUUCAAGUGAACCCGUCCGCACAAGAGAUUUACUUCCAACAGUUCAACCCAGGGACCUACUACUGGAUGCUCCCAAGCAAGUUCCUCUUUGACAAGGUGACAUCUUACGGUGGCAAUCUGCGCUAUACUCUACGCUACAUUCCCGGCCCCAGCGGCCAGAGGUCCAAGAACAGCGCUCCAGAUGUUGAGAUUAUUAGUGACAGUGAAGUGCGUCUGGUGUACUACAACCGCAAUCAGCCCCAACCGGAACCCAACAGGCCGGUGACCAUGACUGUUCCACUGCUAGAGCAGUACUGGGAGAGAGUGGACGGAGCCCCAGCCAACAGAGAACAGCUGCUGAUGGGGCUGGCGGGGCUCAGUAAUAUUCUAAUCAAGGCCACCUACACCACCAACACUCAGGAGGCUGCUCUGAUCUCCGUCUCGUUGGACACGGCUACUGACGACCGCAACACUGGGCAGGCUCGUGCGGUGGAGGUGGAGCAAUGUCAGUGUCCGCCUGGCUACCGAGGCACCAGCUGUCAACAGUGUGACGCUGGAUACGCCCGCAUGGAAAAGGGACUGUACCUCGGAGCUUGUGAACCAUGCAGCUGCAACGGUUUCUCCAGCGAGUGCGACCCAGUCACCGGCGACUGCUUGAACUGCAGGGGUAACACGCAAGGCAACAGAUGCGACCGCUGCAUCAACGGCUAUGUUGGCAAUCCUGCCUCUGGUGUUCCCUGCACUAAGGAGUACGGCUGCUACUGUGAUCCUAGAGGCAGUGCUAGCUUGACUUGUGAGCAAGCCAAUCAGUGCACUUGCAAGACUAACGUGAUAGGCCAGUCAUGCAGCGAGUGCAGGCCCGGAACAUUCGACCUGUCCGAGUCCAACUUGGACGGCUGUAUCGAGUGUUACUGCUCCGGAGUGUCCAACGAUUGUCAAUCGUCAAACAUGCUGCGGGAGGCUAUCCCCAUGCAGAUUGUUGACAAAACCCAUCUAUUCACACUUACCGAUCCGAAUAGACAAGUUGUAAUUCAAGAAGACUUCAUUUUGAACCCAGCCAUGAACGAGAUUGGAUACGACUUUGCCAACAACCAGCGACAGCAGAGGUUGUUCUGGUCCCUACCACCAGACUUCACUGGAAACAAGGUUCUUUCCUACGGAGGUAACCUCAACUUCACCCAGAGAUAUUCCGCACUACCUAGUCAUCCUCCGUCAUUUGACACAGACGUGAUCAUCGUGGGUCCGAGUCUGUCCAUCUAUUGGACUGAUGAAGAAGUACUGAGGCCUGAUGUAACUAGGUCUACAUCCAUCACUCUAAAAGAGAACAAGUGGAGACGUUUAGACCAGACUGUAGGUCAGCGACCUGCCUCUCGCGCAGAGAUGAUGCGUGUCUUGUCCAACGUUCAAGCCAUACUGAUCCGAGCAACGCACAGCACACACACACAGCAGAGCUACCUCAGUGAUGUCAGUCUAGACACAGCUGUCCCUCAGCGUACUGGAGGUCCGGUGGCUGCGGAGGUGGAGGUCUGCAGAUGUCCGCCUGGCUACAGAGGCACAAGUUGUGAGACCUGCAGCACCGGCUACUAUCAAGACUUUGACAACACUUGUAAGAAGUGUCCCUGCAACAACAAUGAAGAACAUUGCGCCCUUGGCCCUCAACAACAGGUCGUCUGUACAUGCAGGUCGCCCUACGGUGGAAUAUACUGUGACAGGAUCAUCAGUGGUGGUUCCCCUAGACCAACCCCAGAACAGCCGAGGAUCUCCAUCAGUGUUAUAGAACCUACAGUGAUUGUCAUCGAGGCUGGAAACGACGUUAAAUUCCGCUGCGCUGGCAGAUCCCUCGUGUCCUCAGAGCCUGUGGUGUUGUCGUGGAGCAAAGAGAACGGAUAUUUACCACAAGGACGAGCUUAUGAUGACAAGAAGGGUCUGUUACUGAUCAAGUCGGUCCAGGCUUCUGACUCUGGAACUUACCUCUGUACAGCUUUUGAUGGGUUCAAGUAUGUCAGCGAGAGAGCAGUUCUCAAUGUUGGAGGUUCGCAGCCAGUACGCCCCGUGGUGACUGUGUCCCCCUCAGUGCUGGAUGUAAGGGAAGGUGAGCCAGUAGAGUUCCGUUGUGACGCUACAGGAGUGCCAGCCCCAACACUGCAGUGGGUCGGAGAUCGCUCUAGCAGGCUGCCACCUCAGUCAUCAUUCGCCAGUGGCGUGUUCCGUAUUCCAUAUGCCUCCCUGCAAGACGAAGGCACUUACACCUGUACGGCUAUCAAUUCUGAAGGAGAUGACUCUGAAACUGUGUCUUUGUAUGUUAGAAGUGCUCCCCCCACUCUUCCACCGAUGCCAGAAGUCCGUUUGAGUAUUCAGCCUAGUGACUACAGCGGGUCAACCGGGGAAACUGUGCGGCUAGAAUGUACUGCUUCCAACCCUCGCAACAUAAGGCUACAGUGGUCCAGGCAGGACGGUGAGUUGUCGGCCAACGCCAGAGACGCUGACGGCAUCUUCACCAUCUACAACCCUCAGCCAAGUGACAGCGGAAUCUACAUUUGUGCCGCAGUGGACAGGUCUACCGGCACUCCACUGCGUGAGACCAGAGCCAGGGUCAACAUCAACCAGCCUCAGAGGCCGCAGCCUACGAUCAGUAUCAGCCCUCCCAGACAGACAGUUUCGCAAGGGUCAGUAGCGGAACUGAGGUGUGUGGCCAGUGGACCCAUACAAUGGUCAAAGGCUGGAGACACAAUGCCUCCUAAUGCUAAGGUUGACGGAAUGAUUCUGCGUAUAGAGAACGUCCAAGUUAGAGACCGAGGAGUUUACGUGUGCCAAGUUGAUGGACCUGGAGGACUCAACAGAAUAACCAGCAUUCUGGAAGUAGAACGCCGGGAGAUUCCAGAGAUUGAGCUGUACCCAAGGGCGUCCCAGACUGUCAACGAGGGCGGAAGCGCUUUGUUCCAGUGUCGGGUCACUAAGGGAAUUCCGGAACCGACGCUUCACUGGAGCAGAGUGGACGGGACUCCACUGUCUCGCCAGGUGGAACAGCUGCCAGGCGGAGUACUGCGGUUCAACUCGGCCACAAGAGCAGAUGAAGGCCAGUACCUGUGUACAGCGGACAACCCCGAGGGUAGUGCUACGACCGUAGCCGAGCUGGUCGUCCACUCUAUGCCUUUGAUCACCAUCACCCCGCCGGGUCAGAGCGUGAAGGUGUCGCCGGGUCAACGGUUCAGACUAGACUGUCGUGCCUACGGUCACCCCGCACCCACCGUCGUCUGGUCCAAACACCAACCGGGUCUACAGUUCUAUGAGCCCAAGUCUAUUACACCGGAAACGGCACAAGGAGCAGUGUACGAGAUCAAGGGAGCUACACAGGAUGACGAGGGAAGUUACACGUGUACUGCUCGCAAUGCCGCUGGGGAGGUAGAGGAGAGGAUACAUCUCAUUGUGAGCGAUGAGCAGACGACGAGCGGACCAAGCCGAGGUGACAUCCCAAGCACAGGCAGCAGUGGAGUGUACAUUCCUGACGACGACUUUACUGUUCCCCUCGGCGGACACGUUACCGCCCGCUGUAUAGCACAGGGUCCCCAGCAAAUCAUUAUACAGUGGGUGCGCCGCGACGGACAGCCGCUCAGCCCACAAGCGUAUGAGCGCAACGGAGAACUCUACAUACGCGACGUGCAGUACUCCGAUGCAGGUGAUUACUCUUGCCAAGGACUCGACGCUCGCGGCGAACCUCUGUUCACAGCCAUCGCACACAUCAGAGUAAUCGAGCCAAUGAAGAUCCGACUAGACCCGGAGAGACAGGUGGUGAGACCUGGCGAUCACGCGAUGAUCACGUGUACAGCGACGGGAGAACAACCAAUAGACAUCAGCUGGCACUCGGCGGACAACCAGCCACUGCCUCGCUCUGUGAGGGUGAGCGGCGGAGUCAUUGAGUUUGUAGGAAUACGUGAGAGUGAUGCUGGAAGAUAUGUGUGUAAAGCGUCCAACGCUCGAGGAAUUCUAGAGGCCACCGCAGAUGUUAUCGUCAAUGACAAUUCCCGAGUGACAUCGGUGAGAGCAUUGGACCGGAAUCCAACGGCCAUGGAGGGAUCAAGCAUCCAACUACGCUGUGACACAUCACAAUACCAAGAGAUAUCAUGGACCAGAGAUUAUCAGCCGUUACCUUCUCGAGCGACGAUAGAAGGUCCGAUCCUGCGAAUUGACAACCUUCAAAUGGAGGACGCAGGGCGAUACAUCUGUCGAACCACAGCGUACGGCUCUACGGCCCAGGACUACAUCGAUCUGAGAGUAGAACAGAGCCCGUGCUCGCCAGACGAGCAAACAUGUAAGAAUCGCAUGCCGCUGUGCAUCCCUCUGAUUAGAGUGUGCGACGGACGAGCAGACUGUUCCGACGGCUCGGACGAGGCUUCAUGUCAGAUACGACCUGGACGUGGUUUGAAUGAGGUUGAGCUGCAAAUCGAGGCAAGCAAGCGAGAGGUGCAUUAUGGAGAUACAGUUGACUUAAGAUGUACUGUGCUCGGACCGUCCAACGUCAAGCAAUAUUGGUCUCUUAGUGACGGACGAAGUCUGCCUUCCAAUGCUCGGCAGAGCGGCCAAGUACUUAGAAUAACCCAAGCUACAUCUGAGAACAACGGAACGUACAGAUGUACUGCUUAUCUAAACAACAACCGUUACGACAAGGACUAUUCACUCUCUGUAUUUGAUGAUCGGCCGACCCACGAUGCCGCCUCAGCCGAGACAGUGACAGCUAAUUACGGACAGACAGUGGACCUUGUGUGUAACAUUGAUCUGGAGGGUCCCAUCACUCACACCUGGACCAAGCAUGGAGGCGUGUUGCCGUCAAACGCUCAGAUAUCUGGGAAACACCUGACCAUCCCGUCAGUGACAUACAAGGAUGCAGGACUCUACAUCUGUACGGCCAGCAAUGGCAACAUCACCGUAGACAUUCCCAUGAUCACCCUGGUUCACGGUGCUGUGCCGUUCUUUGCUCAGGCGCCCAACUCUUACCUGGCGCUGCCGACGCUACCCAACACCUACCUUUCCGUUAGCCUGGAGAUCACGUUCAAACCGGAGAAUCCUAAUGGUCUGAUCCUGUACAACGGUCAACACCCAGAUGGUAAAGGCGAUUUCAUCUCGUUCGGUUUACGAGACGGAAUUCCUGAGUUCCGGUUUGACGUCGGUUCUGGACCAGGAAUCAUCCAAGGCUCUCAGAAACUGUCUCUCGGAGAGUGGCACACUGUGCAACUGAGUCGGUUCAAGAAAGAUGGAACCAUGUAUGUGGAUGAGAACCAGUACUACACAGGCAAGUCAGUGGGCCGCAUGCAAGGCUUGGAUCUCACUCAGCCGUUGUACUUGGGUGGAGUGCCUGACUUCACUAGAAUACACAGUCAGAACGGCUUCGACACAGGAUUUGUUGGUUGUAUCAGCCGACUUGUCAUAAACGACAAGGAAGAGAUUGACAUAACGCAGGAGAAGAAGGAUGCAGAAGGAGUUACGACUUGUGAGACUUGUGCAGUCAACCCAUGCGUCAACUCUGGCGUGUGUCAAGAGGCUCCUACCAAGUCUGGAUACACUUGCCUGUGUCCGAGAGGAUUUAGUGGAUUGAACUGCUCUCACGAGGGUGAGCCGUGCUACCCAGGUGCUUGCGGCUCAGGACGCUGCAUUGAUACGGACGACGGACUCGAGUGUUACUGCGGCAUGGGCAAGGCAGGUGAUCGCUGUGAACGUGAUGUCUCCAUCACUGAGCCAGCCUUUGCCAAGAACUCCUUCCUUGCAUACCCUACGCCAAAGACUCUAAACAAGAUCAAAAUAAGUCUCAAAUUCAACCCGACAGACGAUUCCAACGGACUACUGCUGUACUGUUCUGAAAAUGACGAUGGAGUCGGUGACUUUGCCUCCCUCUCCAUCCGAGACAGACGACUUGAGUUCAAGUUUGAUUCUGGUUCAGGAGUGAACACGCUGCAGAGUAUCCGAGAAAUAGUGCCUGGUCAGUGGGUGACGGUUAACGCAGGGUUAUCAGGUUUGGACGCGCAGCUGUCUGUGACUGGAGACUUGCCGGUGUCCAAGGGUGUGUCCGCAGGAGUGUUCAAGUUUACGACUCCGUUGUAUAUUGGAGGCUUUGACAAGUCAAGAAUAAGACCGGCCGUUGGAGUCGGCGUCCGCCAGGGAUUCCACGGAUGCAUUGCUGAGGUACAAGUUUCUGGUCUCAAUCUGGAUCUGAUUCGGUCAGUGGUUGACUCGGCCAACAUAGAGCAAUGCUCCAGUGGCUACGGAGAUCCGUGUCAGUUUAGACCCUGUCAGAACAACGGUGUCUGCUACACUCUACCCGACGGCAAGAGUUACCAAUGCAGCUGUCCCACUGGAUACACAGGUGAGGACUGCGAGACUGAACAAGACAUGUGUGCAGUACUACAGCCUUGCCAAAAUGGGGGAUCUUGCGUCGGAACACCAAGCUCGUACAAGUGUGACUGCCCCUUCGGAUACGCAGGCCCUACAUGUACAGAGAGAAUUGAGUUCAGAACAGAGGUUCAAUUCAACGGGGAUGGCUACAUAGAACUGAGCAAAGACUUGCUUCCGCAUACCGAUCCGGAUAAAGCAGAACAGAUCAAUAUAGAGUUUACAACAUCACAAGCGAACGGACUGCUGCUAUGGCACGGCCAGACACCGGAAAUGGAUGGAACAGGACAAGACUAUUUGUCAGUCGCCAUGGUGGACGGCUACUUACAGCUCAGUUAUGAACUGGGCUCCAGGCCUGCAGUGAUCAGGUCCACACAGCGAGUCGACGAUGGAGAAAGACAUUCCGUAGUCAUCAAGCGGCAAGGCAAGGACGGCUUGUUGGUACUCGAUCGAGAGAGUCAAGUGUUUGGCGAGAGCGGCGGACUGCUGACGCAACUCAAUACCGCCGGAAACAUCUAUGUCGGUGGUCUACCCAACAUAGAGCACAUGGCGCCUAACAGCAACAUAACCAACUUUGUCGGCUGCAUACACUCUCUGCAGAUCGAAGACUCCGGGGUCAUCAACUUUGCAGAGAAAGCGAUCAGCUCUGUUAAUGCAUUACCAUGUCCCAGUUCGGACGAUUACGAAGACGAAGAAGAUGCUGGAAGAGGAGAUGUUGGAAAAUAAAAGCGAGUCACGCUUUAGAAAAUAAUCAUCAACCUCCGAGUCAAUUUGUGUUCAUUAUUUGUGUAGGGUCCUUUUAUAGUUUAUUGUUUUUUUAUCCAUAUUGUUUAAUUUAUUACAUUUUGUUGACUAGUAAUUUACUUAUAUACCGUAGAAAGCGAUAUGGACAUAGAAACAAUGAAUUUAAAAGUAUUGAACUGCCUCACGUAAUUGUUACUAACCGCUUCGUGCCAUAAAAAUAAUUAAUCUUAACCAUUAGAUGUAUUCCAAAGAGUUGUCCCUUGGCUUCCAGUACUGCCAAUUUAGUGUCUUUGCCACAAUUUAGUGAUCUUUAAGUUUAGGAUUUUUUACGUUGCAGAGUGCGCUGUUUGUGUGGAAUAAUCAUUUUCUUUCCAUUCCUAAAGAAACUUUGGGACCUGACUUGGGUUUUGUGUGGAUCCAAGGUAUAAGGUUUGUCUAAGAGAAGAUUAAAUCACACAAACAUUUGUUUUCCUGCUGCUUAAAUUUCAUAUUUAUGAAUCCAAGGAAGCAUAACCUAAUUUAGUCAAUUGUGUUCAGUUCUUACUUAAGUUUGAAGAUCACUUAAGACAUUCUUAUUUUCCAUUUACUUGAUUUUAGCGUUACUUUUUUAAUAUUCGCAGACACAAAGUCUGUUUUUUACACUAUAAAUAUUUGUUCAAACUUUAGGUUAGAGUUGUUUUUGUAAGUAUUAUCAAUCGCAGACAAAUGACGAUUUAUUUUUUGUACGCUUUAUUCCGUUAAAAAAUCUUAUUUCCAUGACUGUUUCAUUCAUGCGGGUUUACAGGUUGUAGGACUGAAGCUGUUACUGGGUAGUAUUUAGUACGAGCAAUUUACAGAUAUUUAUAUAGAUUAUAUUUUUAACCUAGUUGUGGAAACAAGAUUUUUUAUCUCUUUUCUGUACUCUUCUUGUAAUGUUAUGUUUUAGCUAUAACUGUUGUACUAUUAUAGAUUACCGCCAUUGUAAAUGUUUGUUAGCAUAAAAAUAUUGUGCUGUAAUUUAAAUGUUAUGUUUUAAUAAGAACUAAACUAUUUGUACAAACGAACAAACUAAUAAGGUCUUUUGUUAAUGACGAUGACAAUAAAAGAUGUAUUAUAUUUA